CACUGGUGGGUAGCACUGGUGGGUGGGCACAGGUGGGUGGCACUGGUGGGCACAGGUGGGUGGCACUGGUGGGCACAGGUGGGUGCACUGCUGGGCACAGGUGGGUGCACUGCUGGGCACAGGUGGGCGGAACUAGUGGGCGCACUGCUGGGCACAGGUGGGCAGAACUUGUGGGUGGCACUGCUGGGCACCGAUCAUCAGGGCACUGAUCAUCAGUGGCCCUGAUGAUCGGUGCCGAUCCUCGCUCUGACAACUGCCGGUUCUCGGCAGUACUUUCCUCACGAUCUGACAGCGUGAGGAAAGUGCAGCCGAGAACCGGCACUUGCAU